AAGGCGAUUGUCAUAUGAUAGCUAAGAAGUGGCACAUUAAUGAAGCGCCGCUACAGGGGUCUUUUCUGCUCCUGUCACCGCUUAAAACUAUCAGAUGGUUCGAGGGAGGACAUGGAGGCAGCCACCUAGCUCGGCGGAGCCUCGGAGCCCACAGCAGUGCCCUCCGGAGCCCCGAGGCCGCCGCUGCCAUCGUCCGCGCCGGGACUCGGCAGCGGAUCUCGGUAGCCCGCAGGAUACAGGGCCAAGAGCGCCGCGGACAGGGCGGCGCGGGACGCUGAGCCCGGGUUCGCGCGGAGUCCAACCAAGCCCGGACGCUGCGCACCGGCUGCGAGCCGGAAGGGACUAGGCCAGCGGCGUCUCCAUCCUGGAUGCGAACGCGCAACUUGGAGCAACUUUAAGAUCCAAGCAUUCCGCCGGCCCGCGCGGACCCAGAGGAAGGAGAGGGCGACCAAGAAGAUGCCUCGGCCCGGCCGCAACACGUACAGCGACCAGAAGCCGCCCUACUCAUACAUCUCGCUGACCGCCAUGGCCAUCCAGAGCUCGCCCGAGAAGAUGCUGCCGCUGAGCGAGAUCUACAAGUUCAUCAUGGACCGCUUCCCCUACUACAGGGAGAACACGCAGCGCUGGCAGAACAGCCUGCGCCACAACCUGUCCUUCAACGACUGCUUCAUCAAGAUCCCGCGGCGGCCCGACCAGCCCGGCAAGGGCAGCUUCUGGGCGCUGCAUCCCAGCUGCGGGGACAUGUUUGAGAACGGCAGCUUCCUGAGGCGCCGCAAGCGCUUCAAGGUGCUUAAGUCUGAUCACCUGGCGCCCAGCAAGCCCACCGACGCGGCGCAGUACCUGCAGCAGCAGGCCAAGCUGCGGCUCAGCGCGCUCGCGGCCUCGGGCACGCACCUGCCGCAGAUGCCCGCCGCUGCCUACAACCUGGGCGGCGUGGCGCAGCCCUCAGGCUUCAAGCACCCCUUCGCCAUUGAGAACAUUAUCGCGCGGGAAUACAAGAUGCCCGGGGGGCUCGCCUUCUCCGCCAUGCAGCCGGUGCCCGCUGCCUACCCUCUCCCCAACCAGUUGACUACUAUGGGCAGCUCGCUGGGCACCGGCUGGCCGCACGUGUAUGGCUCUGCCGGCAUGAUCGACUCGGCCACCCCCAUCUCCAUGACGAGUGGCGACUACAGCGCUUAUGGCGUGCCGCUGAAACCGCUGUGCCACGCAGCUGGCCAGACGCUGCCUGCCAUCCCUGUGCCCAUUAAGCCCACGCCGGCCGCUGUGCCCGCGCUGCCCGCGUUGCCCGCGCCCAUCCCCACCUUGCUCUCGAACUCGCCGCCCUCGCUCAGCCCCACGUCCUCGCAAACAGCCACCAGCCAAAGCAGCCCCGCUACCCCCAGCGAAACGCUUACCAGCCCGGCCUCUGCCUUGCACUCGGUGGCGGUGCACUGACCCGCAGAAGCCGGCACCUCCUCCCCUUCCCUUCCCCACGACCGCACUCGUCUUCCCGGGAUCCCACCAACUCUGCCCUCCCGGACCUGGGACUGCCACCCUAACUUGUCCAUUUCACCUUCCGCUAACCCUCCUUCCCCGGAGAGAACUUUGUUUUGGACCUAGGAGACAAAACUCAAACUCGAAGACUGGCCGAGAGGCGCCGUGGGAGUUGUCCUC